GUGACAGUAUGAAUAAAUUUCCAGCACCAGAUAGUGGGAAAUUGCCGGAACACAGAACAGCAACAUAAACGAAGGAGGUGGAUUUCGGCUUGCCAUUGAAACAAGGGGAAAUACUACUGUACAUGCGACUAUGCUUCGGUGUCGGAAAAUAACGCGACAGGUGUCGGGAGUGCGCUGCGCUACCGGAUUCCUGAUCCUGAUGGUCUGUCUCCAAGCAUCCCUGCGCGUCACACAGGCAGCAGUUACUAAGAAGCAACCUAAUGAUAUCCAGACAGAUAGUCAAGAAGGUGUCCAGGCACAUGGGAAUAGUAAACGUGCUUGGGAGACAGCGUUUCUAUUGACUGCAAGACAUGGAGAUGGGGAAAAAGUUCCAGCUUUACAGGACGGCAUUUACAUUUGGUGGAUGCUCAGCAGCAGAGGCAAAUUCACACUGAAGGACAAAAACACAACCCUUGUUGUGCCUAAGAAUGGCCUAUAUUUACUGAAUCUGAAGAUGUACUACAGUAUAGAUUCUGAUCAUCAGUGUAAGCAAAUGUUGUUUUUGAACACCUUUAUUCAGCAAUACCAUUCUUCUUACCCAAAAUGGAGAGAAGUCAUAACAGGCAGAGACACGAUGCAAUGUGUACAGGACUGGCAACAGUCUGUUACUUUAACUCAAGUGAUUAGGUUGAACAAAGGAACGAUGCUUAGAGUUAAAAUAGAUCCAAAAAACUAUCCGUUUAUUAUCUGGGAUGAUAGCACCUACUUCACUGUCACUCGUCUGUAGUAUGGUUCCUACUUAAAUUUAAACUCUCAUGUUGUAUUGUGUUCUUUAUUGUGUUCUAUUUUGCAAUUCUGUACAAAUCACAGAGCAAAAAGACCAUUAUGUUUUAAAUAUAUGAUAUGAUAUUUCUUUGCAUUUUGCCUGUUUUUUUAACUAUGACUAUGAAAUUCUUGUAAAACAUAUUUCCAUAAGGAAUCUAUAUGCUGAAUAUAAUAUAUUGAAUAAACAAAGGCAUUAUCAUUAAUGCAAUCUAUUGCAUUAUCAGUCUUUUUUGAUAAAUAAUGGCCAAGACUUUUAAUGGUUUUCAUUGCCAGUUGGCGAUGGACAUGUUUUAUAUUAAAACGACUUUUUGUGCUGAGGUUCCAUUUUGAUAAAUUGAAAGUUAAAUAAAAGUCAAUAAAUAAACUCUUUAUUUUCUUCAUUUUCUUCUAACACACAGAUGAAGAUAUUAAAAUUUUGUAUGGCAGUUUCCAACAUAUAAAGUAUGUUUUCUCUAAUACAAAUAUACAGAAAAUAAAAUAAAUAAAGAAUGAAAAA